AUGAUCUCUAAAAGUGAUAGUAACGUCGGCAAAACUAGCCUCCUCUACCAGUACACGGACAAUGUCUUCAAUGCGAACAUGCAUCCCACCGUGGGGGUGGAUUUUCGACAGAAGCGCGUUGUGCGGGAGAACAAAAAUGCUAAUGGCCUGCUCGGCCAGAAACAGCGCCUUCAUCUGCAGCUUUGGGACACCGCUGGCCAGGAGCGGUAA